AUGGCUCCACCACCGAUGAUGACGAAUGGUGUUAAUGGAACAACACUGGGGAUGCCACGUCGGAAGAGAAUGAUUAUGCACAUGACAUUCUAUUGGGGAAAAGACGCUUUGAUCCUUUUCAAAGGGUGGCCAGGGCCAAAUAACAUAGGCAUGUAUGCAUUGGCUUUGAUAUUCGUGUUUUUUAUGGCUCUUUUAGUGGAAUGGCUUGCUGAUGCCAUGUCAAGGAUGAAAUCCGAUGGUGCAGCGUCUGGAUUGGCUCAGACGAUGCUGUAUGGCUUACGUGUGGGGAUUGGAAACAUGUUGUUAAGUUGGUUUAGCCAGAAGACGCAGAACGGCAGAAAGUUUAGGCGGUUUUACACGAAUCGCUCAACAUGAAAUGCAUCUUAGGGAGUUUGCCCAAAAAGGAGCCUGGCCCAAGAAGGACCCGUCAAAAAGCCCACCAAGCCCAGCCAUUGGCCUAGUAAUUUGCAUGAAAAUAUUCAAGCCCAUGACCAAAAAUAGCUUCUAUCUAUAGAUGUUAUUAUGUUAAAAAGGUUACAUUUUCAUGGGACACAAGGUUUUUAUUCAUAAGGAAUUUGUUGUUAGACCAUUUCGAAAAGAUUUUUUUUUUUUAUUUCUUGUAUAUGAUCGCAUCAAAUCAUAUGAAAGAAAUACCCCGAUACAAAAGAGAUCAUUUUUUAUCUAGUCACAAGUGUCUUCUAUCGCAUCUUCUUCUUUAUGUUUUCUAAGUUAUUCUCUAAGCAAAGCACACCAUUUACUAAAGCUCUUAUGUCUCCUUAUUUUUCGAUUUUAUUAUGUUAUAACCACAUUACUAACCU